AUGGAUAAAGUAGGUGAGCCCGUACUAAUCAGUACAUUGCGCUUGCGGCGCGGUGAAGUGACUUGUGUGGACACAGCGGGCGGGCGGCUUGUGGGCGGGAGCGGCGAUGGAACAUUACGGCUAUGGCGGUGGGCUCGCGAUGUCGCCUGGCUAGAGUUCGCGGAAUACCCUAGAGCGCAUAGAUAUGGUGUUACAGGUGUAAGUUUCUCUGCAUCUGGAAUCUUACUAGCUACAAUUGGUAUAGACGGUGCGGCUCGAAUAUGGAGCGCUUGUGACGCUCUUGUUGUGAGGCGUACACUUGCAGCACCAGACGCAGCGGCUGCGCGCUCUCUAGAGUGGGCGUCUAGCGACAGGCUCGUCGUUGGUCACGACGACGGCGGCGUUCGCGUGUGGAUGGUCCGGUCGGGGACAUUACUGGCUUAUAUACGUGCGCACGAAGGAGCGGUGUACGCUCUCACUGCGGUUGACAAUGUCGCACUAUUACUGACUGCCUGCACUGAAGGGGUUUUAAAAGUAUUUGAUUUUGAAGAAAUAAUUACACAUGGCCGAGAUGGUACUACGGGACCGUCGCCUUUACUGUGGGAGGAUGGCGCGCAUGAUUUGGGUGUACUAUGUGCUACCCAGUAUCUUAAGCGAGUGGCCACCGGGGGACACGAUGGGCGCGUUCGGAUCUGGCGCGUUGAAGGGACGGGACGAGAACGAACCGUCUUAGGGGACAUCAUAUUAAUAGGACACACAGCCGCUGUGACUGCGUUGCAUUGGGUCCGAGAUUUACUCGCCUCUGCGUCACUAGAUCGCACUGCGCGGCUAUGGGCUACGAACUCUGCUACUUGUAUUCGUGUUUUGCAUGCCCAUUCACGUUAUCUGACAUGCAUUACACUCGCGUCUGAUAUACGUUAUGUAGUGACAGGUUCUAAUGACAAAUCAAUACGUAUGUGGUCAUUAGGAGACUUUUCUGCACACGAUGAUCUAGAUCCGCCCUGUAACCCGCUUGCUCAUUUCGCUCUCGGUGAUCUGGAAGGUAUUGGCCCUGUAGAAGAGGCAGACGUAGAUGAAGUCGAAAAUAGUUUAGAGUGCACCAACGCUGUAGCGCGCUGCGUGAUCCGCGAGCCUCAUGCUUCCGCUAUCAAUUCAAUUGCUAUUUCUACCCAUAUGAUUGCAACUGCUUGCAGCGAUGGGUACGUUCGGGUCUUUAGAUAUCAUGAACACGAUAAGACGCUUCAACAAGAACUACAACUAUCGGCGAACUCGUAUCCAGUGAUGGCGGUCGAUUUCGGCGCGAAUGGGGCUUUGCUACUCAGUGGUGGACUUGAUGGAUGUGCAAGAGUUUGGGACGUUCAGACAGGUUGCGAACUAAUGGUUCUGUCAGUGGAAAGCUGCGGAAGUGACGGGGGCGGCGGAGUGCGCGACGUUCGUAUUUCUUCCCACCGCCCUCCUCUCCUGCUCGUAGCCAGCGACGACGGCCUCGCGGCGCUGUGGAGCAUCGACCCGCCCGGUCCAGAUCCUUUACAGUUUUGGGAAAUUGAAAAUGAAGUACUUACCAAUGAACGUAAAAUGACUAAGGAAGAGCAGAUGUGUGAAGAGAUCUAUAAAAAAACGACGGUCAGAAUAGAAUCUGGUAGAUAUCAAGUACAUAUACCUUUUAAAGAAAAUAUAGAACCAGUAGAGAAAUGUGGAAAAACUAAGGAAAUAGCAACAUCUAGAUUUCUACAAUUAGAAAGAAAAUUUAAGUACAAUAUAAAAUUGAAACAAGAAUAUUCAUCAGCUCCGUUCUUGGCUGUUCGCACUCUUUUCCAAGUCGCUGAAGAUGAAGAGCAAAGAUUUAUUUUGGCUGCAUCAAUAGUAAAAAAAGCGUUUUACAUGGACGACUUAAUGUGCGGCGCUAACGAUGUAUGUCAAGCUAUGGAAAUUUACAAACAAGUAAAUGGCUUACUGAAAUGCGCUGGGUUUGAAUUGCAGAAGUGGACGAGCAUUUGUAAUGAAGUAUUAGAUAAUAUUACGCAGAGUAACCCCAAAUUACAACCUUUUGAAAUUAAAUUUGAUAAAGUCAUUAAAAUACUGGGACUUUCAUGGGAUAGAAUAGAUGAUACGUUUAAAUUUUAUAUAAACUUACCUGACCUUAUAGAACCUAUAACAAAACGUACUAUUCUUUCCGAAGUGGCACGUCUAUUCGACCCUUUCGGAUGGUUAGCUCCAGUUAUAAUAAAGGCAAAAAUUAUUAUUCAAAGGUUAUGGCUCUGUACGUGCGGAUGGGACGAAGACGUUCCAAUUAAUCUGAAAGAGGAAUGGUUAGGUUAUAGACAACGACUACAAGAAUUGGAAAAAAUAAAAUUGGAGAGAUGGAUUUAUACUUACCCAGAAAUCAAGAGAGUUGAAUUACAUGGUUUCGCUGAUGCUUCCGUGGCUGCAUACGCUGCAGUUGUUUAUGUAAAGGUGUUCCAUAGGGAAAAUAUACAUGUAACUAUAUUGGAGAGUAAGACAAAGAUAGAGACUAAUACAACGGAUGAUGACACACUUCUGGAGGCGAUGGUCAACGGAAUAUUUACAUACAUUGCAACAGCGUCACAAGUGGCAAAAUACAGCUGCGUUUACUCAGGACUGGCCGCGGCGGCCACGUGCUGCGCGUGGGCCGCGGGCGGGCGCGCGCUGGCCGCGGGUGGCGCGGCGGGCGAGCUGCGCGUGCUCGCCGCGCCGCCUCGGCCGGCGCUGCUCUGCCAGAAGGCAGACGCUCACGACCUUGAGAUGAGCAUUAGUGAAAUGAGUAUCGAAGAAGGAUCACUGGAGCUGGCACAGACUCUGCCGGCGCACGGCGGAGCAGUGCAGUGUGUGCGGUGGGGACUCGGCAUUCAACGCGAGUCGGAGCUGACGCUUGCGACCGGCGGAGCUGACCGUUGGGCCCGCGUGUGGCGAGUGGCCGUGCAUGAUAUGAAGCUCGACGUGCAGGCCAUGGUGGCGGUACCGGCAGGUGCAGCAGGAGGUGCUGCAGCUGUUCGCUUGCUAGGUGAUGGUGAUGAGGCCUCGCUGGUUGUGGGCUCGCUAUCUGGUACCCUGGCAGUAUGGCAAUUACCCCCCAUAGAUUUAUUGCACGAUACGGAGAGUGCCGAGUGCAUAUAUAAUUUUAAAGGAUCAUCAGUAUCAGAGUCGGAAGCGGCUCGCUUGCUAGCAGCAGCUGGCGCCGCCGCAUUCACUGGAGCAAAGCUGCUGGACGAACCUUUGGACGAGUUGAUGCUUAGUUUCGGAUAUGGAGCGGACUCUAGUGAAGAGUCCAAUGAGCUAGCGGAGACUCGAGCCCGUCUUCUCCAUGAAAUACUUUGGCUGCGACGGGAGCCAUUGUCAUAUGAAUUGGAAGAUUCAGCUCCACACUUCUUGCGAUGUCCCCUGACCCAUGCAGUUCUUCGAGAACCUGCUCGAGCCUCUGAUGGGUUUACCUAUGAGCGACAGAAUAUUCUAGAUUGGAUUUUAGCUGCCGGAACAGUGCGCUCUCCGAUGUCCGGGCGACGACUGAGCAGCUUGCUCAUUGAACCAAACUACGGCGUGCGCAACCAGCUGCGACAGUUCUGUGCCUGGCGGCCGUAGUGCGUGCUCUGCCGACAGGAGAGCGCUGCCGUACUGCCCUGUCGCUAUAACCACACACUGCUUUGUAUCGAUUGAUAUAGCCUUUGUUGUAUGGGCGGUUACGAGUUUCAUAUUCUGCUGAAU